AUGGAUCAAUUGACAAGUGAUUCAUGUAGGCAAAAUCAAUCAUCAAUAAAACCGGAGGCAUGGCAAACAUGGGGUAUUGGUAUGGUAAUUGUAACAAUCUCAGCAUUUGCUUCUCCAUUAUUCAUACUUUGUGUUCCGCUAUUAAAUGAGAAGUUUUACGAACGUGUUAUGACAUUUCUGGUAGCUCUCGGUAUCGGUGCACUUUCCAGUUCCGUCAUUUUUAUUAUGCUACCACAGGCUUUUGGGGUACCAGAGACAAAGGGAUUCGUGAAGUCAUUGAUCGUUCUCGGAUCAUUGUAUAUAUUUUUUGCUAUUGAUAGGAUACUCAAAUUUGCAAUGGAAAUAAAACGACAACGGAAAUCACGAAAAGUGCCAAUGAUUGACAAAAAAAAUGAAACGGAUUUAGCGAUGAAAUUUUCCAAACCAAUAAGUCGUGAAAAUUCUUGUACUAAAGAUGAAAUUGUGCAAAUUCAGGCCGAGAUCGAAAGUGCGGUAGUUAAUUCAGCUAUCACAAGAACGUUUUCAACACAUAAAAAAAUCCCCGUAAUUAUGCAUGUGGAAGACGCGGAGAGUCGCGUAGAUAACAAUAAUUCUUUGAAAGUACCACAAUCGAUCACGACAAUUUAUUCCACUUCUCCAACAUUUUCUCAAAACCAGGUAAAGGAAGGUGAAAAAAUGAAUGUAUCCGUAGCUGUGGUUGAGCAAAUGCAAGUUCGACCAGAAAAAAUGGAAAUUUCCAGUAUCGCCUAUAUGAUCUUAUUAGGCUCUUCAGCUAAUAAUUUUGUUGAUGGAAUGAGUAAUGGCGUUGCUUUUGCGGAUUCGCUAAGCCGGGGCCUUAGUAUUGGUAUUGCAUGUAUUGCGCAACAAUUUCCGCAAGAAUUGGGUACUCUUGCUAUUUUGAUACAGUCGGGAUUGGGCCUCAAGAAGACAUUAUUGUUGAAUUUAAUACCAGGUGGUCUGAGUUAUCUCGGAUUCUUUACUGGGGCACUAUUGGAUGAUUACUGUGAGAGUGCUGAUACAUACGUUUUUGCCAUUUCAUCUGGAAUGUAUCUUUAUGUUUUAUUGAGUACUUUGAUUCCAGAGAUGCGUGAAGCAACCACUGAAUUAAUCAGAAAUAAUUUUCAUGAAAGUAUUAUUGUUACUGUGUUACAAAGUGUAGGCAUUAUACUCGGUGUUUCUUUCAUUUGUUACAUGUCAUUGAAUACUGAUAAAAUACAAUUCUGA